AUUUCAUUUAUUAUUAAUAGCAAAAUUAAUUGAAAAUGAAGUUUAAAGUAUUAGUUUUAAUUGUUUUAGUCCAAAGGUUGUCAGCCCAAACACCAUGUGAUAAAGGGUCAAAAUUAUUACUCGUUUCAGCGAUGUUUAGACAUGGUGAGAGAACACCAGAACCUGAACAAAUGAAAAGUUCCCAAAGUAUGAACAGAAAACAAAUCUAUUUGAUCCUCCUGGACUAGGACAACUCACGGAUAAAGGCAAACAAACUAUGCAUGAACUUGGUCUGAAGCUCAAAAACAAAUAUGCUGAUAAAUUAUAUGGCAAAGAUUGCGUUACAAGAAACAAAGUUAGAAUGGAGUCUACGAAAUAUAGACGAUGUUUGAUCAGUGCUCAGAUCGUUCUAAAUGCUUUACUUGGCGAAAACAGAGAUCCAAAGACAUUUGAAUGGGGCAACAUCAAAUAUUUAAAUAAAACUUUAAGUGAGGAAAAAGAGAAGUUGUAUAAAAAUUAUUAUAAUAAGGAUUGUCCAGAGUAUAUGAGGCUUGUACAAACAAGUGCGAAAACCAAACAGAGAAACUUGGCUAGUUGUCAAAAACCAAUGGAAAUAAUGGGAGGAAAGCUAGGAGUAAAAGAUCCACAUAAUCCGCUGUUGGUGUGGUACAUGUAUGAACUAUAUACUGCACAGAAAUGUACCAAUGUUACUCUUCCACCUUGGGCAGAUCAGAAUAUGUUUGAUACAAUGGAAAAAUGCAUCCAGACAUUUUUAACAUUGCUUUUGGCGCUGAUGAACUAAAAAAUUAUCAGGAGGAAUAUAUGUGGAUAUGAUGUGAAAGAGUUCGACAGAUUUAUAAAUGAGAAAAAUACCAAUAAAGAAAAACUGUUGCGACUCUUUUCUGGACAUGAUACCACAGUUGCACCAGCAUUGGCGGCUUUAGGUGGUUCUCAAGGAUUUACAAAAGAUGGAAAAGAUUUCACUGUUAAUAUACCAUCUUAUGGUGCUACUAUCGUAACAGAACUCCACCAAGGAAAGGAUGGAAAUCACUUUAUAAAGAUAUCAUACUGGAAUAAAGGCGAAGAAUCAGAAUUGAUAGUAAAAGGUUGCGGUGAUACAAGUUGUUGUUCUCUUGAUAAAUACAAAAAUCUUGUGAAAGACAUAAGAAUUGGAAAGGAAGAACUCACUAAUUGCAAAAUGCCAAUAGGAAAUAAUAACUUUG